CUAUAGAUCUAAUGCAAAAACCCUAACCCUAAUUGCAGAUAUAUAAACUGCUUUCCAAAUGGACGAGGGCUUGGAUUUGCUUCUAGCUUUCGCGCCUCUUGUUUCUCAUCUUCAGUGGUUUUGUGAAUCCGAAGACGUAAUAAGGAAGAAUGGCGUAUGCAGCGAUGAAGCCGACGAAGCCGGGUUUAGAGGAACCCCAGGAAGCAAUUCACAAGAUCAGGAUCACUCUCUCCUCCAAGAAUGUCAAGAAUCUCGAGAAAGUGUGUGCUGAUUUGGUUCGCGGUGCCAAGGACAAGAGACUGAGGGUGAAGGGACCGGUGAGAAUGCCCACUAAGGUUCUACACAUCACUACUAGGAAGGCCCCUUGCGGUGAAGGAACUAAUACUUGGGACAGAUUUGAGCUCCGUGUCCACAAGCGAGUGAUUGAUCUGUUCAGCUCCCCAGAUGUGGUUAAGCAGAUUACCUCCAUCACUAUUGAACCUGGUGUUGAGGUCGAGGUUACAAUUGCUGAUUCUUAAACAUGGUUUUUUGGGCCUGAUUAUAGUUUAGUCUGUGAACCUUUUCUCUGUUACCCAAUAUGGCAUUGAGUUUUGUAGCAGAAUUUCUUGUAAGAUUUUGCAGUUACGAUUCCGAAAUUAAAAAGUCAGUUUGAUGUGCGAGGUGGAUCGACUUUUUUUUGUUUGUUUGUUAAAUUUUCAUUUACAAGAAAUUUGAAUGUGGGCCAUUUUUUAA